CGGUGAUGGGUGCGACUUAAUUGCCUUUUUAGCCCCUAUUCUGCUCCUAUUCUCGAGCCCACAACCAGGUGGUUCGGGCAGAGAACCCACCGGCGGGGUUCUCCUCCGCGCGGAUUGCACGUCGCAUGCAUCUGCCUUCGGUCGCCGACAACCGGCCGUCACCCCGCAGCGGUGGAUUCAAGCCGGCUGCUUGCUCCCUUCUGACCCAGCUUUUGCUGAAAAAAAUGGACUUGUUAGUGUAGAGAAGCCCAGCCGUGAUCGAAGUGUCAACAAUCAACAAUAACCGGGAAGUUGCCGACGGUAAGGAGAUCAACCGGGAGAAGGAGAAAAAAAAAAAAGGGGGAAAAAGGGAAAAAGAAAAAAAAGAAAAACAAGGAAAAAAGAAGAAGAGAGAAAGACGGCAAAUCCACCCUCAUGGACUCGCAGCAAUUCCGAGAGGCCGCCACGGCCACCAUUGAUGAAAUCAUCACCUACUUCGACACCCUCGGCUCGCGCGGCGUCGUGUCGGCCGUCGAGCCGGGCUACCUGCGCAAGCUGCUCCCGGCCGAGGCGCCGCAGGACGGCGAGCCGUGGGCCGACAUCCAGAAGGACAUCGAGGCCAAAAUCAUGCCAGGCAUCACCCACUGGUCGCACCCGGGCUUCCACGCCUUCUUCCCCUGCGCGACGUCCUACCCGUCCAUCCUGGGCGAGCUGUACAGCGCGGCGCUCUCGGGCGCCUGCUUCAACUGGAUCUGCUCGCCCGCCGUGACCGAGCUGGAGACGGUCGUGCUGGACUGGCUGGCCAAGCUGCUCGGCCUGCCGGCCUGCUUCCUCUCGACCGGCCCGACCCGCGGCGGCGGCGUCAUCCAGGGCUCCGCCAGCGAGGCCAUCCUGACCGCCAUGGUCGCCGCGCGUGACAAGUAUCUGCGCGAGACCCUGCCUUUUCCUUAUCCUCUUCCCAGCAGCACAUCCUCCCCCGCAACCGACUCGUCCGACACCGACACCGAAACCGCGAACGCCCGCGAGGAGGCCAUCGCCCGCAAGCGCGCGCGCAUGGUCGCGCUGGGCACGACGCUGACGCACUCGAGCGCGCGCAAGGCGGCGCAGAUCCUGGGCGUGCGGUUCCGCGCGGUGCGCGUCUCUGCGCGCGACGGCUACGCGCUGACCGCCCCCGCGCUGGCCGCCGCCCUGGCCGAGUGCCGCGCCCAGGGGCUCGAGCCCUUCUUCCUGGCGGCCACGCUCGGCACGACCGACGUGUGCUCGGUGGACGACUUUGCGGGCGUCGCGGAGGCGCUGGAUGCCGACUACGAGGCUGCUGCUGCUGCUGGGGUUGUUUUUUCGGGUGGUGGGGAUGGGUUCGGUGGUCGUCAUGGUGAUGGUGAUGGUGCUGGCGAUGGGCAGAGGACUACUACUAAUAAUGGCUGUGCUGCGGUCGCGGGAGCGCAAGGACAGAGCCGGCCCGGCGAGGUGUGGGUGCACGUGGACGCGGCGUACGCCGGCGCCGCGCUGGUGUGUCCCGAGGUGCAGGCGCGCGUGCGGAUCGGGCUGAUCGAGCGGUUCCACAGCUUCGACAUGAACAUGCACAAGUGGCUGCUGGUCAACUUCGACGCGUCGUGCUUCUUCGUCCGCGACCGGGACUGGCUGGUGCGCGCGCUCGGCGUCAACCAGGCCGUGUACGGCAACAAGGCGUCCGACGGCGGCCUCGUGACCGACUACCGCGAGUGGCAGAUCCCCCUGGGCCGGCGCUUCCGGAGCCUGAAGAUCUGGUUCGUGCUGCGGUCGUACGGCGUGAAGGGCCUGCAGGAGUACAUCCGGCGGACGAUCGCGCUGGGCGAGCAGUUUGCCGCGUCGCUGCGGGCCCGGGAGGACCUGUUUGAGAUUGUGGCCGGGCCGAGCUUCGCGCUGACCGUCUUCCGCUUGGCGGCGCGGUCCGAGGGCGAGACGCUGGAGGAGAGGAAUGCGCUGACCCGGGCGCUGUAUGAGAAGGUGAACGCCACGGGCAAGAUCUGGCUGACGAGCACCGUGCUGGACGGACGCUUCGCCAUCCGGCUGAUGACGGGCGUAAGGACGACAGAGCGGGAGCAUGUCGAGGCGGCGGUCAAGACCUUGGUGGAGGUUGCUGAGGAGGUGAUGAAGGGGUGACAGCUGCCACAUGGUUUGUGUAUAUGUAGACCAUAGACUGCCGAUACCCCGGCAUCAGUAUGUAUGUGAUGCUCUAUCCGUCAUGUCUCUUCCGCCCAGGACGGGCUAACCGCCUGCGACCAAUGGUUCGUGUUCAAGACACAAUGUACAAUGCCAAUGCUACCAUCUAUUGAUCCCACCGCCAGCACGCACACAUGUAUGUACACAACCCCUAGUUG